UGUUGCGAGUACCUAUAACAAUAACUCGCCAUGCAAAAUAAUUCCCGCGCUGCAGUGCAGUAGCAGUGGCAGUGGCAGUGGGUUUUGUUGUGUCCCCAGGCGUUGACAUGGCAGCCACAGGCUUGACCUUCGGUUUCUUUAACAUUUUUGUUUAACCAGCAAUUGACACACAUAUAAGUACAGAUAUUUGCCGGUGUGAUUAGCGUAUUGUGUAUUCAAUUCAGGCAGAGACUAUUUGGGGGUUGUGCUCGUAUAUAUAUAUUAUGUAUGUAUAUUUGGCAUGUUUCAUUUUCAAUGAAAUACUAUGAGGGAAUUUAUUGUUAAAAUAUUAAAAUCCAUUUUGAUGCCAUAUGUAGAUGUUUUCACACAGCUGUAGAUUCUGGGUAAUACCUAAAGUUUUGUACAUACCACUUAUUUUUAUGUUGAAGCUAAAUAUAGAUUACUUUCAGGGCUUAAAUUUAUUUAAAGCAAAUUGAUUUUUUGUAGACAAAUUUAAACCUGAUUAGAAUAUCUUUUAGUCUAUGGUCAUGUAACAUUUAUGUUUACAUGAUGUAAGAGUAUGUGAUAUAUGAAUAAAGAAUUAAUUGAGCAGCCAUAAUUGAGAUAAUAUAUCAUUUAUUCAAAUGAUUCUUAUAAUCAAUCAAAUCAUCCAUGCUAUAUAAGCUAUAUGAAUUCUAUAUGAAUGAUUAGUAAUAUCACUAGAAUGAUAGCCACACAAGGAUUUUUCUAUCAUCUUUUUACAUCGUCCGUAUUUAUAGUUACAACAAGAGAUUGUUCUCUUGGAUUUGAUGGAUUUGUUUUCAUUGAUAUCUGAAGAACGUCUUGCAGCGAUCUACAACAUUAUUCGGUUUCAAUUUGAAUGUUAAUUGUAUGUAAAUGUAUUAAUAUAACAUUCCGCAUAUAUGGCUCUACGGUUUAUAGUCACAAUAAGAAGGAGUUUCUGACUGCGAAUGAACUGCAGAAAUUGAACUUUAGUCAGAUGGAUUAAGCCAUAGAGGAAGAUAUAUUAAGCUAAUAAUAUAAUUCAUUAGCCUAAUACUCGGUAAUUAACAUAAUGUGCAUAUGUACUCCUAUAUGACAAUUGCUUGCAUAGUUUCAGUUGUUUCUUUUUUCUCAUACUGAAUUUGCUCUUUGGACGUUAACGGAUAAAAAUGUGCAUGAGCUGGAAAAAUAUAGGCGCGGCAGCUCUAACAUGUUCCUUAUUCUACAAUUCGAUAAUGUUAAUUGUUGCUAUAACAUUUAUGCGUCGCUGCUUCGAUGACUGCAACGAUAACACUAAAGGUAACACCUUUAAAAAGAUGAUUAAUUGCAUUUUAUAAUAAUAAUUCUGAUUAAGGUCCAUAUCAUGAGGACUGUUACAGCGCGUAUGCCUUAUAUACGCUAUAUCUGCCAUCAGUAGUUGCUAGUCCACUUAUAAUGCUAACCGAUAAGAGCAGCAUUAACUAUCUGCAAUGGUGGCUUCUGGUGCAUGCAGCACUUACAUGUUGCGCCUACUUUAAUUAUAUAUGCUAUAGUCCGUUUUAUUCAGAUAGUGAUAGCGAUAUAAAUAUCGUUGGAUUUGCUUGUCUGGUGUUUGCGUUCGGCACUGUUGCCUUUCAUUGUUUUCGUGUGCUGCGUUCUCCUGCGCCUCAGGCUCAGUCAGAUCCUGCGGAAACAGCCGCUUAGGGCCAGUUUUCUCUCUUUACAUCCUUAUCUUAUUAUAUAAACAAUUCAAAAGUUUCGUAUUCUAUUGUGUCUUCUGGUCAUCCUUAUUGUUGACAUGCUUUGCUUUUUAAACUUAUAAAUAAAUAAAUAUGUAUAUAUAUA